CCGAGAUACGUUUUUUUUUGUGCCGUUGCUGAGUGAGCAGCCAGCAAGAAGUUUACACUUUCUCUGAGGAAUAAAUAAUACUUUUAUGUUUUAUUGUUUUGUUUUUUUGGGGGGGGAUGAAAAGGAAUUGAACAUAUGACUUUUUGUAUGUCAAACGUAUAUGGAGUAAUUGGAAAUGGACCAGAGGCCAGAUUUGGAAGCAACACUUCUGCAGCUUUAGAGAAGCAAGUUAUCACAACUUGAAGUACUCCUCGAAUGAUAGUGACGUGUAUUUUACACAAGCUAACUGGCUAGCUAAAUGUAAAGUAGCUAGGUGUUGACAAGCUAUCCAACCAAUUAGCUCGCUGCUAUGGAUAUCUUUCCAAGACCUAGUGGAGAAAUUCAAAGAAAAAACCCACAGCAGGAUUUCGAGCUUAUUCAACGAGUUGGGAGCGGAACAUAUGGAGAUGUGUACAAGGCUCGAAACAUCCAAACGGGAGAGCUUGCUGCUGUCAAGAUUAUUAAACUGGAGCCAGGGGAUGACUUUUCCAUCAUCCAGCAGGAGAUCUUCAUGGUGAAGGAAUGCAUGCACCACAACAUAGUGGCCUACUUCGGGAGCUACCUCUGCCGGGAGAAGCUGUGGAUCUGUAUGGAGUACUGUGGCGGAGGAUCUCUACAGGACAUAUAUCACGUGAUGGGGCCUCUGUCAGAGCCACAGAUCGCCUACGUCUGCCGAGAGACCAUACAGGGUUUGGGAUACCUUCACAGCAAGGGGAAGAUGCACCGUGACAUCAAGGGUGCUAAUAUCCUCUUAACAGACAACGGGGAUGUGAAACUAGCUGAUUUUGGAGUUGCAGCCAAAAUAACAGCCACCAUUGCCAAGAGGAAGUCCUUCAUCGGGACUCCUUACUGGAUGGCCCCAGAGGUAGCAGCAGUAGAGAAGAACGGGGGUUACAACCAGCUGUGUGACAUCUGGGCCGUGGGCAUCACCUCCAUAGAACUGGCCGAGCUGCAGCCCCCUAUGUUUGACCUGCACCCAAUGAGGGCCUUGUUUCUCAUGUCAAAGAGCAGCUUUCAGCCUCCCAAGCUGAAAGAUAAAAUGAAGUGGUCCACAGCCUUCCAUAACUUUGUGAAAGUCUCUCUGACCAAGAACCCCAAGAAGAGACCAACAGCAGAGAAGCUGUUGCAGCAUUUGUUUAUAGAUCAGACAGGGCUGACCAGGAGAGUAGCUGUGGAGCUGCUGGACAAGAUGAACAACCCAGACAACCACCAACACUUCUCUGAGGUGGACGACGAUGACCUGGAGUCUCUUUCAGUAGUGAGACACACCAUCCGUUCCAUCAACAAACACCCCAGACCAGAGAGAACUCACUCGGAGAUCAGCUUUGAUAAAGUGAAGUUUGAACCUCCACUGAGGAAGGAAACAGAGGCUCACACUGAAAUGGAUGUGACUAAACAGAGCGAUUUCCCCUCCCCCUGGAGCCCAUUCGCAGAGGGAGGCAUCACGGCCAGGGGACAUAUGGCCCAUCUGGAGGACGCCUUUGAAGACGUGGAGCUGUCGACCCUGAAGCAUGGAAUCCCACCACCUCUACCGCCAAAGCCUCAACUGAACAGUUUGUCAGAUGAGCUAGGUCUGACUGAUGAGCGGUGUCUGACGGUGAGGAGGUUCCCGGGCUCAGAGAGCAGCCCAGGCCUGGGCCCCCGGAGACUGAGCACCCCAGAGCAGGGCAACAAGGUGGAGCAUCCCUCUCCUGACUACCUGUCAGCCAGCGUUAGUAGUCCUGGUAUAUUGUCCACAGCCUCGGACCCUGAACUUGAAGACUCUGAUGGAGGUGUGAACGGGGACAGUCCCAAGACUCCUCCCAGCCGACCACAGAGGAAGGAGAAGAAAGACUACCCCAAGCCAGCUAUCAACGGCCUGCCCCCCACUCCUAAAGUCCUGAUGGGAGCCUGUUUCUCCAAGGUGUUUGAUGGCUGUCCACUGAAAAUCAACUGUGCCACGUCGUGGAUACACCCAGAUACCAAAGACCAAUACCUUAUAUUUGGGACAGAGGAUGGGAUCUAUACCCUCAACCUGAAUGAGCUGCAUGAAGCCACCAUGGAACAGCUGUUCCCCAGGAAGUGUACCUGGCUCUACAUCAUCAACAACAACCUGAUGUCUCUGUCAGGAAAGACCUUCCAGCUUAUAAUGUACUCUCACAUGUGACCUGGAAAGAUUGGGCUGUUUGAGCAGCUGAAGAAACCUGGCCUCGCCUCUCAGUUCCAGACACACCGCUUCCCAGACAAGAUCUUACCUAGGAGGUUUGCCUUGACCACCAAGAUCCCGGACACAAAGGGCUGUCACAAGUGCUGCAUUGGUACGUUUACUAUACGCGAGCAGCUGUACCCCCUCAACCACUGUCUAGUUCCGAGACACUUUGACUUCCCCCUACCCAGCCCUCUGAAGGUGUUUGAGAUGUUAGUGGUUCCAGAGCAGGAAUACCCCAUGGUGUGUAUCGCGGUCAGCCAGGCCACGGAGCCAGGCCAGGUGGUUCGCUUUGAGACCAUCAACCUCAACUCCUGCUCUUCCUGGUUCACUGAGAUGGGAUCAACUGGCCAAGCAGUGGAUGCCAUCCAUGUGACCCAGCUGGAGAGGGACACCGUGCUCGUGUGCCUGGACAAAAAUCUAAAGAUCGUGAACCUCAUGGGAAGAUUAAAGUCUAACAAGAAGCUAGCCUCGGAGCUCAGCUUUGACUUCGCCAUUGGAUCCGUUGUGUGCCUUCAGGACAGUGUUCUGGCCUUCUGGAAGCACGGCAUGCAGGGAAAAAGCUUCAAGUCCAACGAGGUCACCCAGGAGAUUUCUGAUCCCAGCCGAGUCUUCCGUCUCCUCGGAUCUGACAGGGUGGUGGUUCUGGAGAGCCGGCCCACUGACAACCCCACAGCCCUCAGCAACCUCUACAUCCUGGCCGGACAUGAGAACAGUUACUAGCCCCUUAACCGUGUUACCAGCUCCUAGCUCUGACCCGGUGACUCCACACAGAGAGAGGGAGGGGGCACCUACAGACCCAUUGGAUAGGUGAAGAAUUAACAGGAAGUGGAUAAACUCACAGCAGUCCACUUCCCUCAGCAGGCUCUCAUACCGCCUGGACUCAUGGUACAACCACAGAUAGAACAAUGAGACCGAUAUUUCAUUGGAUGGAUGAAAUGUGAAGCUCCGGGGUUAGCGUUUUCACACACUACCAAAUAUGGUAGUGAGAGGAAGCCCACGAAGCGGUCGAUGGGAGAAGAUGGAACGAGAUGGAUUUUGACCGACAUUCUUGUAAUCUUCUCAUCAAUGAAACAUUUGAUCACAAUACAGUAGUUUUCUGUUUCCAAAACUAGAAUCUGUUACGAUAUGGAACAGAUUCAUUUACCUUUUUGCAAAAGUGUUUAUUUUUUAUUUUAUAUCAUGCUGUUACAAGGAGUGCAAAGGUGAAUUGGGUUAUUGCACAUUUCACAGAGUUAGGUGUUCCUAACGGAAAUAUGUAGAUGUAUACUAGAAGGCGCCAAUAGGCUCCUGCUAUCUCGUGCUUGGCUCUGCCCACCUCCCUUGCUCGUUCUGCCCCACUAUGACUCAUUUGUUCCCAUUGGAAACGACCAAGCUGUGGUCUAUCUUGGUUUAGUGAUAAAAAAUCUUUGAUUGAACUGUGUCACCAAACCCAGGAAGUAGUUAGUGAAUAGAGAAACAACGGGUCAUCAACCAACAGGUCAGACAAGGGGACUGUGAUGCUUCAAGCAAAACCACCUCCUUCCUCAUCACAGAUCUUCCAACGACCUUAUGCUGAGCAGGCAAGCACCACCUCCUCCUCCCUCUACAGUCCUGUCCACCACCACCUCCUCCCUCUACAGUCCUGUCCACCACCACCUCCUCCCUCUACAGUCCUGUCCACCACCACCUCCUCCCUCUACAGUCCUGUCCUCCUCCUCCCUCUACAGUCCUGUCCUCCUCCUCCCUCUAUAGUCCUGUCCUCCUCCUUCCUCUACAGUCCUUUCCACCUCCUCCUCCUCCCUCUACAGUCCUGUCCUCCUCCUCCCUCUACAGUCCUGUCCUCCUCCUUCCUCUACAGUCCUGUCCACCUCCUCCCUCUACAGUCCUGUCCACCUCC